AUGGCUUGGUUGAUUAUUCUCCUUCUUUGCAUUGGACUAACAAGGGGUCAGUUUUCGAAUAUGGCCGAAAGCAGUGACCUUGAAGAAAGAUUGAUAGGCCUUCUGCUAAGAUUGCAAACGGAAAAGCUCUACGACACCCUAUUAGUUUAUGGAGAAGAUUGUGCUUUUCCUUCUCUAUCUAGAAGGCUAGAAGUGCCCACAGUACUGGUGUCUUCGGGUAGCACAAACUUCGAGUGGAACUUCAGCAGCCUAACACUUAUCCUCAGUUGUGAGUUUCAAGCCGAGAGGGAGGAGAACUAUCGCACGUUGAUGAAGCUGCAAGCAAACAGGCGUCUUAUUCUUCUGCAAGAUGGCAUUCAACCAAAGUUAGUUUGCGACUUUUAUUCGAAGAAGGAGCAAUACAACGUAGCAAUGGUGAAGGAUAACGGACCAGUCUACUCCUGCCGGCACUUUCAGGAUCAAAAGUAUGAAGAAGUAAGUCUUUUCGAAAGUAAACCGGUUUUUAUAGAAAACUUCAGAAACAUGCAAGGAGCGGCCGUCAGAACAGUCACCGACAACUUGACACCUCGAUCCAUGGCUACACGGGACCCAAAAACCGGGGAGAAGAAGUGGAUAGGCUUUGUGGCCAACCUGAUAUACAACUUUAUUGAAAAGGUUAACGCGACCAUGGAUAUGCAGGAGGAGUUGACAGAGGUCGAGGGGAAAGUCUUCUUUGUGAAUAUAUCGAAGUGGACCGCAGACGAUCUUUUAGACAUUGGCAUGGCCGUGGACUCCACCUGGGAGAUGACCAACUUAGAUACUUUCUCCUAUCCCUACUUGAUGUGUUCUUACUGCUUCAUGGUGCCCCUUCCGGAUAAAAUGCCCUACAACGAGGUCUACGGAGUGGCCAUAGAUAAGAGCGUCCUAGGAGUGCUACUUGUCUUAUUCCUCAUCUUCUCGGUGAUGCUGAUCUACAUCCAGCAGAGGUCUUUUCGGGGUCUGAGCUUGAGCAAAGUCCUGAUGAACGAUACGUGCUUAAGGGGAUUUUUGGGUCAGCCGUUUCCCUUUCCCCGCCAGUCCAGCAGAAAACUGAAGCUUGUUUGCUUGACCCUAUGCUUUGCCAGCCUUAUGAUCACAACCAUGUACGGGGCCCACCUGAAGACCUUGUUGUUUAGUCCUCCGUCCAAGCCAAUGGUGCGCACACUUAGCGAUUUGAAAAAGUCCAGAUACAAGGUUGCCAUGAACUGGGCCGAGAUGGACAUGCUGCGCUUCGAGAACAAUCGCAAACUGCCGGGAUUGAGCGGUGAACGGGUCCAGAGCUUUGAGGACUACCACGAAUUCGUAAGCUUGCGGGAGUCUUUUGACAACGAUUAUAUCUUUCCGGUGACCAGUGUGCGCUGGAGCACCUACAACGAGCAGCAACAGCUCUUUCAGCAUCCGGUGUUCUUCUACUCAGACGACUUAUGUCUUAGCCGGUUCAGCAUAUUAAGCUUUCCCAUUAGACGUCACCUCCCCUAUCGCGAUCUCUUCGAAGAGCACAUCCUCCGGCAAAAGGAAUUUGGCCUAUUGAAUCACUGGAUCGAUAGGAGCUUCUUGGAUAUGCUUAGGCUGGACCUCACACCAUUUACGGACUUUAGCAAGCCACUAGAUGAUGACGCUGUCAUUUACGUGGAAGAUCUUUACUGGGUUCUGGGACUGUAUGCGUUCGCACUGGGUAUCAGUUGCUGCUGCUUUGCACUGGAGAUUUUAGCAUCAAUCAAUGGGUGGAGCCGGCUUACAUCGUAUAUAUGGGGAUGA